AUGCAUCGCGCCAUCUUGUAUGUCGCUUUCAUAGCAUUUUGCUCAGCAGCACCAUAUAAUAAUUACAACUCACAACGAGCAUUCACUACACGACAAGAACCAUUACAACAAUAUGGUCAAAAUUCAGUACCCGUUACCACAUUUCAACAAGAUGAUACUCAACUUGUCGAUACAUUAGGUGGUGGUUAUUCAUUCUUUAAAAAACAAGAAAUUGGUUCACGACCAGUAAUUCAACAAAAAUUGGCUGUAAGUGAUCGACAAGGUCCACUUACAAGCUUUGAUGAUACUGCCAAUCAAUGGUCUGACUACACACGAUCCAGUGCUCUUAAACCACUUAUUCGUACCCUUGGUAACUCAUAUGGUCAACAACAAGUCCAACCAAUCGUUCAAGAUCAACUAUUAGUUCGUGCUGUUGGUAACUCAUAUGGUCAACAACAAGUACAACCAAUUGUUCAAGAUCAAACAUUAGUUCGUGCUGUCGGAAACUCAUACGGUCAACAAGAUGUACAACCAAUUGUUCAAGAUCAAUUAUUAGUUCGUUCAGUUGGUAAC